AUGAACGCCGAUACCGAAUUGCGCGCCUUCGCGGCCCGGCUUCGAGGAGAACGGAGUUCUGGCUUCGAACUGAAAGAACAGGAACGAGUAGCUAUUGUUGCUCUUGUUCUGGGCGGCCGAAGCUAUCGCAACGUCGCAGCGAUUUUCGGCUGCUCGCUCGGCGCGGUCGCAUCGACGGUUCGGCGGUACAAUAAAGAUCAUACUUUCAAGGUAGCACCCCGGAAAGGCAGGCCGAAGAAAGUCUCGGCCGACACGUACGUGAAUCUGGUACACAUUCCUGGCUCUACAUCUUAA